AUGAAGUCAAAAGAAAUCAUCGAAAUCAAGACGCUGCUGUCGCAACUGCAGCAACAACAAACACGUUUGGAAGGGAAAUUGGGUGUGGAGCCAUCACAGUUUCCUGAAAUGGUUGUGGCUGAAGAAGACUAUACAAAACCUGUUGCAAUAGGGCCUGGUGCUCGACCUUCUCCCUCAGAACUACAAGCUGCCAUCUCCUCUCUUCAAGACAAAUGUAAACUUAAAGAUCAUAUGAUAGGUGCUAUGGUGGAAGAGCUGCGAGCUCGUGCCCAGAGUGGCAUAUGGAACGAGCUGAAAACACGAAUUGCAUCACCAGAAUUGCCUCAGCCAGACUACACACGAUCACAAGUUGUUGAGUACCUUACACCUGAAGCACAGUUUCCACAACUCACUCCUGGGCCUACUGGUCCAUGUUCAUGCUCUGGGGAUUCCAAGCCCACAUCAAUGGCUUUGUCUCUUCCUCCUGCAAAAGAAGAACGUGCAUGUGUAGCCACAGCACCAUUAUCUCUACAAGUACCUAUUACAACAUGUACUUGCCCAGGUGAUUUCAAGAUUGUGCGAAAAAUAGGAGCUGACAGCUUGCUGCUUGGGUGGCAAGUCCCAUCAACUUCUGCAAAUCUUUCAGGCUAUGAUACAUUUUUAUCAAUGUACAUUAUACUUCUGAAAAAAUAUGGCAUUAAAAAUGUAAAGAUUUAA